AUGAACAUCCUAGUUUACAAUGACCUUGGAGCUUCGCCUAAUUCAGUAAAGCACACAUACAACACACUCAAAGCAAUCUUGGGCCAUGUUUAUGACAUUAUACAAAUUGAUCGCACAGUCUUGCAAAACGAACCCUGGGAAGUAGGUUGUGUUAUGCUCGUUAUGCCAGGUGGUCGAGAUAUGCCCUACUGUGAAGCUUUGAAUGAAGAACCAAAUGCCCGUAUCAGAGCAUUUGUGGAGCAAGGUGGUAGGUAUUUAGGCUUAUGUGCUGGUGCCUACUAUGCCUCAGCAAGCAUCGAAUUCGAAAAAGGAAGAGCACUGAUGGAGAUCAUUCAACCAAGAGAACUGGGAUUCUAUCCAGGAUUAUGCCGAGGCACCACCUACCCUGGAUUUGUAUAUAAUAGUGAGAGUGGAGCUAGAUCAGUAGCUGUUGGUUUGGACCGAGAGACAAUGUCGCCACACUACCAUGGAGAAGAUGUACCUCAGGAAAUCAACAUGUAUUAUAACGGAGGAGGUUACUUUGUGCAUCCUGAGCGAUUCGAUAAUGUCACAGUCUUGUGCCGAUACAAAGAACCUAGCAACUUGCCUGAAUCAGAGCAACAACCUGCAGCAAUAGUCCAUUGCAAAGUUGGUCAAGGUCAUGCGCUGCUGAUUGCCACACAUCCCGAGUACGAUAUCUCAUCACAAGACCUCUUACUUGCGGAUGGCAGUGCUGUUAGCCAAACUGUACGAAACAUACUUUGCGAAUUGACAUUGUCUGAAGUAGAGAGAAAACGUUUUCUUCGUGCCUCCUUCGCUUUGAUAGGAUUGAAUGUUGUGCCUGUCGAAAAUACAAUUGUGCAGGAGAACAAGGUGCCCGAGAUGACACCACUAUAUCUCUCAGGCCUGACGAAGGAAUGGAUGUACAAACCAGCAUCGUAUCUGCUGAGAAAGGCCAAUCCCGUAACGCACAUCCUAGAGGACAAUCAUGAUAUAUUCCAUAUUUCUGCUCUGGGCGAUGCUCCUAGUGAGCAAGCUCGUUUGCUAUCACUCUGUCGUAUAAAGGAAGAUAAGCCGCCUGUGGUUGAAUUCGUGUAUCAAAGCACCAUUGAUGCAACAGAGCCUAUAUACCCGUCCAAGUCGUUGACGCCACAUUUUGAUCUAGAGGAUUACUACAAGCAAUUAGUAAGAAAGAGAGGUUUGGAAUGGGGUGGAGGCGGCUGGCUGUUAUUUGGAAACGGUGUGUUGUACGCUGAAGUGAUUGGCAGUACACAGUCCAUUAUAGACAAAAACUUCAAAUUCUCACAAGCAUUACCAAGUGGCUUGGUAUGCUUGGCUACGAAUCAAGUGGCUGGUCGAGGAAGAGGCCGAAAUUCAUGGGUGUCUCAAAUUGGAGCACUGCAAUUCAGUAUGGUGGUUCGACACAAUGUGAAUAUUAGACACGCACCAGUAGUAUUCAUUCAGUAUAUCGUUGCUCUCGCUGUGGUGGAGAGCAUAAGAACCAGACCUGGAUAUGAGGAUAUACCUCUUCGAUUGAAAUGGCCAAACGACAUUUACACAGAGACCAGAUCCGAUGGAUUGAAGAAAGUAGGAGGCUUACUGAUUAACUCGACGUUUGUUGACGAUGAAUUCGUAUUGGUGAUAGGCUGUGGUAUUAAUCUGUCCAAUGCUGAGCCCACUGUCUCCAUCAACGAUAUCAUUAGCGAAUAUAAUCCAUCUGCUUCUCGACUGUCAGCAGAGGAUGUUUUGGCGGGUAUUUUGGUGAAAUUUGAAGUUUACUACAACGAGUUUUGUGAAAAAGGCAUGGGCACUUGGUUCCUUGAUAGAUAUUAUCAACGAUGGCUACACAGUGAUACUGUCGUAACAUUGACAACCCAUAAUAAUGAGCAAGUCAAGAUUGUUGGAAUCACAUCAGAUUUUGGCAUGCUUCAAGUGGAAAGUCUUGAAAAGAAGGGCAAACUAUACGGUCUUUUACCAGAUGGCAAUAGCUUUGACAUGAUGAAGGGCCUUUUGGUCCAAAAGAAAUAA